AAGGAUGGGGACAGGAUCAGGGACAGACUCAGGGACAGGAGCCAGUCCAAUGACAGGGGACAGGGAUAAGGAUGGGGACAGGAUCAGGGACAAGGAUGGGAACUGACCCUGUCUGAUCCUGUCCCCAUCCUUGUCCCUGUCCCCAGUCCUGCCCCUGUCACUGGAUCAGGGACAGACUCGGGGACAGGGACCAGUCCAGUGCCAGGGUCAGGAACAGGAACAAGGAUGGGGACAGGACCAGGGACAGACUCAGGGACCAGUCCAGUGCCAGUGUCAGGACUGGGGACAGGGACAAGGACGAGGACAGGACCAGGGACACACAGGGACACACAGGGACACAGGGCUGGCCGCGGGCUCCAGCCCCUCACCCCCUGCCCGUCCCCAGGGCGGGCUGGCUGUCCCCUGGGGGCGUGGGGACACGCGUGACGCCGGGCGGGUGGCAUCAGCGGGGUUCCUGUUCCCCCGGCUGGCACGGAGCAGGAAGCGGGGCCAGCACCGUCCCUGUCCCCAGCGUGUCGCCGGGGCCAUGGCCAACAGCCCCGACCUGUACGAGACCCUGGAGAUCCGGUACCCGCCCCCCCGGGCCCGCGGGGACCCCGGGCCGCCGCCACCCGCGCUGUCCCCGCGGUGUCGCGCGUGUCGCCGGGCGCUGGGCACGGCCGCGCUGCUGCUGCUGGUGGCGGCCCUGGCGGCGCUGGGGACACUCUACGCGCAGAGCCAGCGGGAGCUGCAGGAGGCGCGGGCGGAGCUGGCAGCGGCCACCGACCCCCUGGGCCCCGACCCCAACGGUCGCAUCCCUUCAGCGGCGCAGCGGCGGCAGGACCGGCUCGGGCAGUGGCUGCAGGGGCUGGCGCUGGGCUGGCGCUACCACCGCGGCAAGAUUUACCUGUUCUCGGUGCAGCGGCAGCCCUGGGCCGCGGCCGCGGCCGCCUGCGCGGUGACACACGCGCACCUGGCCUCUGUCACCAGCGCCGAGGAGCAGGCCUACCUGGCGCGGGAGGCCCGAGGUGGCACCUACUGGAUCGGGCUGGCAGCCACGGGCCCGGGGCGCUCCUGGCGCUGGUCAGACGGGACCCCCUAUUCCCCCGAGCACAGUUUCUGGGCGCCAGGCCAGCCGGACAGCACCGACCACGGCCGCUGGGGCGGCGAGAGCUGCGCCCAGAUCCACCCGGUGGGCGCGGGGCUCUGGAACGACCACAACUGCAACUUCAGCUUCCCCUGGGUGUGCCAGCGGGACCUCGGCGCCCCCUGAGCGCCCCCGAGAGGUGGGGCACGGGGGUUUGGGGGUUCGGUGGAUUGUGGGGUGAUCCCAUCAGUCCUGGGGGGUUCCUGGGUCCAGGGGCUCAGAUCCCUCCAAACCUGUGGGAUGAUCCCUCCAGAACUGUGAGGUGAUCCCUCCAAAAAUCAGUGGAAUGGUCCCUCCCAUCCUGUGGGAUGAUCCCUCCAAAACUGUGGGAUGGUCCUACUCAGAUCCAGGAGGUUCAAUCCCCUAAAUUCAGUGGGAUGAUCCUUCUCAUUUUAUGGGAUGAUCCCUCCAAAGGAAUGCCAUGAUCCCACUCGGAUCCAGGAGGUUCAAUCCCCCAAAAAUCAGUGGGAUGGUCCUACUCAGAUCCAGAAAGUUCAAUUCUCCAAAAAUCAGUGGUUUGUGGGAUGAUCCUACUCAGAUCCAGUAGGUUCAAUCCCCCAAAUUCAGUGGGAUGAUCCCUCCCAUCCUGUGGGAUGAUCCCUCCCAUUUUAUGGGAUGAUCCCAGUCAUAUCCAGGAGGUUCAAUCCCCCAAAAGUCAGUGGGAUGAUCCCUCCCAUCCUGUGGGAUGAUCCCUCCAAAACUGUGGGAUGAUCUCUCCAAAACUGUGGGAUGAUCUCUCCAAAACUGUGGGAUGGUCCUACUCAGAUCCAGAAGGUCCAAUCCCCCAAAAAUCAGUGGGAUGAUCCCUCCCAUCCUGUGGGAUGAUCCCUCCAAAAGAAUGCCAUGAUCCCACUCGGAUCCAGGAGGUUCAAUCCCCCAAAAGUCAGUGGGAUGAUCCUACUCGGAUCCAGAAAGUUCAAUUCUCCAAGAAUCAGUGGUUUGUGGGAUGAUCCCAGUCAUAUCCAGGAGGUUCAAUCCCCCAAAAGUCAGUGGGAUGAUCCCUCCAAAACUGUGGGAUUAUCCCCCUCGUAUCCAGGAGGUUCAAUUCCCCAAAAAAUUAAUGGGAUGAUCCCUCCCAUCCUGUGGGAUGAUCCCUCCAAAACUGUGGGAUGAUCCUACUCAGAUCCAGGAGGUUCAACCCCCCAAAAAUCAGUGGGAUGAUCCUUCCCGUUUUAUGGGAUGAUCCCCCAAAACUGUGGGAUGAUCCCCCUCAUAUCUAACAGGCUCAAUCCCCCCAAAAAUUAAUGGGAUGAUCCCUCCCAUCCUGUGGGAUGAUCCCUCCAAAAGUAUUCCGUGGGACCAUCCCCCAUGUCCAGUGGGAUCAUCCCCCCUAUUUAGGGAUUUCACCCCCCCUCCCCAAUCCAGAGGGAUUGUUCCCCCUAUUUAGGGAAUUCAUCCCCCAUAUCCAGGGAUCUCAUUCCCCAUAUCCAAUGGGAUCAUUGCCCCUUUUUAGGGAUAUCAUUGCCCUUAUCCAGUGGGAUCAAUCCCCCAAAACCAACGGGAUCAAUCCCCCAUAUCCCUUGGGAUCAUCUCCCCUUAUCCAGGGAUCUCAUCUCCCCAAACCUGUGGGAUUAUCCCCCAAUCCAGUGGGAUCUCAUCCCCUAAUCCAGUGGGAUCAUCCCCCAAAACCAGUGGGAUCAUUGCCCCUAUUUAGGGAUCGAUCCCCCAAACCCAUUGGGAUCAUCUCCCCUUAACCAAGGAUCAAUCCCCCAAAAUCAGCGAGUUCAUCCCCCAAAACCAGCGGGAUCGAUCCCCCAUAUCCCUUGGGAUCAUCACCCCUUAUCCAGGGAUCUCAUCCCCCAAAACCUGUGGGACGAGAUCCCUCCAAUGCAGUGGGAUCUCAUCCCCCAAUCCAGUGGGAUCAAUCCCCCAAAACCAGUGGGAUCAAUCCCCCAAAUCCAGGGAUUUUAUCCCCCAAAACCUGUGGGAUUAUCCCCCAAUCGAGUGAAAUCAUUGCCCCUAUUGAGGGAUCGAUCCCCCAAAACCAUUGGGAUCAUCCCCCCUUAUCCGGGGAUUUCAUCUCCCCAAACCUCUGGGAUUAUCCCCCAAUCCAGUGGGAUCGAUCCCCCAAAACCAGUGGGAUUGAUCCCCCAAUCCAGUGGGAUCUCAUCCCCCACUCCAGUGGGAUCGAUCCCCCAAAACCAGUGGGAUUGAUCCCCCAAUCCAGUGGGAUUAUCCCCCAAUCCAGUGGGAUUGAUCCCCCAAAACCAGUGGGAUUGAUCCCCCAAUCCAGUGGGAUCUCAUCCCCCAGUCCAGUGGGAUUAUCCCCCAAAACCAUUGGGAUCAUCCCCCCUUAUCCAGGGAUCUCAUCCCCCAAAACCUGUGGGAUUAUCCCCCAAAACCAGUGGGAUCAAUCCCCCUUAUCCCUUGGGAUCACCCCUCCUUUCUCCUGUCCCAAAUCCCGGUGUCACCCCCGCCGUGACCCCAAAACUGUCCCUGAAUGAAGUGUCCCCUCCCCUCCCCCACCCCGUGACAUUUUGGGGUCCCCAAUCCCUCCCCCUCAUUUGGGACAUUUGGGGACGACCCCCUCAAAUUAAACACGGCUGAGCAGAGAA